ACUGAAACAGGUGUGUCACUUCAUUCACCCCCUGAUCAAAGAUGGAUCUGCAAAUCUCAGUUUUUCUUCUGUUCAUUCUUUUCACUGCAGGACACUCUCUCAGCUGUUAUGAGUGUAUGGGUCUGACGGGUUCUUGUGCAAAUCAAAAUGUAAAAACAUGUCCCAGUGGAUUUUCAAAGUGCAUGAGUUCAACAACAGCAGUAAAUGUUGGUAACAACGGUGUUAAAGUGAAGCUUAAAGACUGUGCUGCUGACUGUGCAAGUGGAUCCAUGAACUUCGGCUAUGCAAAGACAUCUUUAACGUGCUGUAACACAGACCGGUGUAACGUCCAAGACACUCCAGAUCCCCCUAUUGUCCCCAACGGAAAGACGUGUUACUCUUGUGAUGAGAAGAGCUGCUCAAACAUAUUGAGCUGUUCGGGAAGUGAAGACCGCUGCUUUAAAGCAACAGGGAGUUUCGGUGGCCAGUCAAUGGUUAUAAAAGGCUGUGUCUCUAAAUCUAUCUGUGAUGCUGGAUCAUCGGUUAGAGAUGUUCAGGGAGCCUCAUGUUGUGAGGGGAACCUGUGUAACGGUGCUCAGAGCGUCACUCAGAGCUUCCUGUUCCUCUGCUGUUCUCUGAUCUCCUUCAUCCUGCUGCACUGAAUCCAGCAGAAAUCAACAUCUACAAUCAGACACACUGCACUGAAUAUAGAGCUUGUACUUUCUCUGUACUGUGCAUCUUUGGUGUGUUUCUGACAUUCUGAUGUGACAUUUUAUGAAUUAAAACACUAAAAUUAAUACAGCCCAUCAUGCUGUAAAAUAGUCAUAAAUCAUUACUACAAAAAUG